GCUGCUGCUGCUGUAGGGCUGCAUUAUACAGUAGGUAUAGGAUGCACCGUAGCAGACGACACGUGUGGCAAAGAAGUCGGUCGACGGGGAGAGCGAGUUUUUUCUCUCGCGUUCCCGUUCAUCAUGCAUGAUACAGUCGCCUGCAGCCCUUCGCCGUCCGCACGUGUUGGAGAAAUCGGAGUCUCGAGCGCGCGGAAGUCGCGGUUGUCUUCUUCUUUCGAUCGCGGUGAACCGACGAUUUUUAUCAGUGCUAUUUUCGUUGUUUAUCUGCCCACACAUGGUCGCGCGUUGUUAUCCGUUCGAAUCAGUUGUUCCGUGCCCUUCGGUUCAGAGCAUUCGAUGAGAAGAUGAAUUUCUGACCGAUGAAUUGCGUUAGACGCUGAUUUCGUCACAUGCCAAGCCUCCGAGAGUGACUAUAGGAUAAUUAGUGGCUAAAUAGACGAAAUGGCACCCGACAGGCCGGACGCAUCGGAUGUGGAAACCGGCAGUGUCGCGGAUCCCGUGGUUACGCGCGUUUUCGGCUUCUGCGAAGCUUUCACGCUGAAGGAGGGCGACAACGCCAAUCACCAGCAGCACCAGCAGUUCGUAGAGGAGCAGACGAUCGCCGGCGAUGAGAUCGUCAUCGAGGAGGAGGAGAUACCCAUGAUCCCGAAGAGCGAGCCCGGCGACGAGAAAACUCAAUCGGACGACGAUCUGACGUCGCUCAGCUGGCUGCACCAGCAGAACCUUCUCAAGAGCCUCGAGAUCACCGAGCACCCCGGCAAGGUUGUCAAGGAGGAGAACGUCAUCAACAAUAAUAUCAUCUGCGAGGACAGCCUCGACAUAUCUGAAAAUACCAAUUCGGUGUCGAGCCUCGACGACAGCUACUCGCCUGAGAGCAACGGCAAGAGCAGUGUAGGUUCGACGCACGUUCUGCAGUACGACGACGUGGUAAUAAACGGUCAGUCUCCGUCAAAGUCCAAUCCGGACAGCGCCAAGAGCCCAAACGGCACAGCACAGAGCAACCAAGUGAAACACAACAACAACAACAACAACAACAACAACAGCAGCAACAGCGCCAACUUCAACCUGCCAGUGCCGAAUCGCAACAAGCACCCGACCCACAUACCCUAUGAUCCGUACCUGCACAAGAACAGCAAGCCGCCUUAUUCGUUCUCCUGCCUCAUCUUCAUGGCCAUCGAGGACAGUCCAGUCAAGGCUUUGCCCGUCAAGGAGGUCUACGCCUGGAUACUCGAGCACUUUCCCUACUUCAGGAACGCGCCCACCGGCUGGAAAAACAGCGUCAGGCAUAAUCUCAGUCUGAACAAGUGUUUUCGCAAAGUCGAGAAGUCGCCAAACUUGGGAAAAGGUUCGUUGUGGAUGGUCGAUGCGCAGUACCGGUCAAAUCUUAUCCAAGCCCUGUCACGUUCACCGUUUCCACCACCUACCGCCACCAACAUCUCCACGCCUGAGAAGAUCGCCCGUAAAGUCGUGAACAGUCGACUUCCAGAUCCAGUGCUGUUUCCCUAUUUGUCAAAGAGGCUUGCCUCUAGCAACAUCGGGGAGAACUCCGAAACUGAAUUUGACAGCGAUGUGGAUGCAGCCGCCGCUGCGAUGCUGUCGUUCAAGCACGGACCCAUCAUUCUUAAUCAUAACAAAGAUCGCAAGAAGAAACAAAGAGAAAAUGAAAAGAUGGUGCCAGUUAUCACGAGGAGCUCUACUGAAGAUCAUACUUACAGUUUGAUCACGUCAGUUCGUCUGGAAAGACGGUAUACCGAUGAAACGGCAGCUGACGUGGAUGAGCAGCGUAAAAUUGCCGAAGGUGCCGAUGCGCUACUGAACCUAGCCGGUGUCAACACAACGUCGCUUCGCGAUCCGCUAGCACCGGAUGACGAAGAGGAGGAAGAAGUGCUGGAUAACAGCGAGAUAUUAUACAACAUUGGCAGCAACAAUAACAACAACAGCAAUGCGUCGCGCUACGUGCCGGGAAGCGAUCCGUUGGAGAUCGAGCCGACGCUAAAGCGGCGUCCCUCCGGAGAAGACGCCCCCAGUAGCAAACGGCGCAAACGCUCUUGGCGGGAGACGUGGAACGAGAACGGCAGGUAUCUCAAACAGGUGCGAGGCUAAUGACUCGAAAUGAAGUAAGUGAAGCGCGCACAGAAAAAGAUACCAAAGUCUGAGUGAAGCGAAAGAGUCAUCCCGAAUAAAAUGCGAGCGGCGCUGGUUAGGAGAUUUCGUUGAUACUGCAGGAGAUGAAUUUAUCGUUUGUCAAAACUGCGGUGUGUCGGUGAAACAAGGCUCGAGUGCCCAUUUGGAAAAGGUACAACGGUUUUGUAUAGUCUAGGGUGGCUCUUUCGAUAAUCUGUAUAUGGUUAGACAACUUUUAUAUUUUCUAAUUUAGCUUAGUGAUGUCUAAAAAAAUUUAUUCUAAACUUAUCUUAACGACUUGAGAAAUGUACAAUGUUUUAUACACAUAUUUACAGAUAUAUCAGAUAUAGUAAUUGACCUUGUUUCAGCGAUACAUUGACGUGAGUGAAUUAGUCAGUUUACUGCAUCACAAAAAGCGAAUUUCUAUCCCUUCAAUUCAAUUGAAUUUUCUAACCAAACUGAGACGUACUAUUGAUCUUUACGAGCAAGUGCGUGGAUAUUCUCGUGUUUUACUUUUUAACAUAUACAUAUAUGUAUACAUAUGUAGGCAGUUGCUCAGGGUUUGAUACUCCUGUAUUGCCAAAGCAAGUUCAGUAGCACUAAUCGUGAAGCAAUAAUAGAUGGGUAAACCGGCGACAAAGAAAGUGUAAAUUUAUAUUUAAAAUUUACGUAAAUAGGGUUUGCACGGAGGUACAUAUAAAUACAUAUGUAUAUACAACAAUGAGAAUAAACACUAGAAUAAGAGUGAGGACAGCUAUGGUUCCAGCGACGAAUUAAAAAAGUUAAAUAAAGCAAAAAUCAUGAAGCAAGGAGAGAAAGAGACACGGAGUAUCGGCAAACUUUAGGCAAUGUGUUGCGAGCGUCAUUAUAUAAAAUAUAUUGAUUCAUAUAUAGAAAGUUUAAAUAACAAUAACAGAUCUUUAUUAGAAUUUUUCUUGUAGAUAUUGUAUAGAGAUAAAGAUAAAAAGCUGAUAAUUAUUCAUUAGAAAAGUUUAUAAUAUAUUUAAAAGAUGUAUCAUGUGUGUAUACACACGCGCACACACAUAUUCACACACACACACACACACACACACACACACACACACAUGAACACGUUCAUAGUAUAAAUUGCAUCUACCAAGACAAACCGUAAAUGCUGAGCUUGUCUCAUCAAUAAACUUAUUUAUUUUUACUUAUAUUUCAUAACAAACUCCUUCUAUUUAUAUUUUUCAAUUAAAAAAUCUUCCAAUGUAUAAAGAGAAAAUAACUGCAGAAAAAUAUCGCUAAAGGGGCUAAAGGGGCUCUACAGUUACCAAAGAUGAGACACGCUUGGCAUUACAUUCGUGUCAUAGAAAUACAUUAUGGAAAAUAUAGAAAAAAGAUAGGAAAAAGACACGUAAAGUGCGUAUAUUACGGACGGAACCUAAGUGUGUAUGUGUAUGGUACACAAAUGUAGCAGUUCGAAAGGUGUUUCUCGCCUUUUUCUACUUUAAAUGUCGCUUUUUCGAGAAAUCAACUUUUUAAUGUGUUAAACAUAGAGAACAAAUGAAUGGCAAAUUCGAGUGAACUAUGCAAAAGAAUAUUAAUAUUUUUUUAAGAGUAAUGACAUAUUAUUUUGUUAAAAAUAUAUUCUUUUGUUAAAAGCUUAAACCUCCCGAAAGACUUAAAAUGAAAGAGAGGUGCGGAAUAAGGGCGUAAAGAGAAGGGAAAGACGAGAAGUAUAUUUUUACAGGGCUCUAUCUGUGUGAUAAUAGCUCUUCGUAAUAGAUUAUCCACAGUCACCAAAAUACACGCAAUCGCUAUGCGGUCCACACAAUUACUAGCACGAACCGUCAAAGCAUCGAUCUAUAUCCCUUUUUUCCUUCUUUUUCUCUUCUUUGGCAUAAAUAUAUGUGUGUAUGUGUAUGAAGGAGUGAGUGAUCCCCUCGCGUUCCCCGGAUACUGGCGGAUUCUUUUUUCUUUUCUUUCCUUAGAUUUGAAUCACUGUUUGUUAAAAGGCCUAUGAGUUACUAGCUCUGUGAGAACAAUAAGUAUUUGAAAUUUUUUAAAGCAUCAUGGUAACAAUAUCUUUGAUCGCAUUUUACUAAUUUAUAUGCAUUAUAUGUUACCUAUAUUGUUAACGAUGAUUACAAAUCGAAAUAUUUUUUUAGAAAAAUACGUAUUAAUCAAAAUAACAUCACAUAUAUAUUUAUAUAUAUUUAGAGUAUAUGAAUAUUCUUUUAACGAGAUGACGAUAUAUUUUUACAUGCUUUUGCAAUAUGUGUAUAUACAUAUAUAUAUAUAUAUAUAUCAAUUAAGAAGUCCAAACAAAUUUACACACUAAUUACGUGAAUAAUAUUUAUAGCAAAUUCGGGUGAAUUUGUACAUUUUAAGCAAAAACAAAGACUUUGAUAUGUAACAUAUAUCAUAAAAAUGCGCAUUUAUUAAUUAACUUUUAUUUCUUACUCGAUUACCCUUUUAACAAAAAGCGAUUCAUGUGUAUCCGUUAAAAAGAAGAAUUCGACAAUUUCGAAGAAUGACUUUUGUAUAAAUGUAAAUAUAUUUUCACGUUGUAUGCAUAUAGAAGGUUCAUUUAGGGUAACUUAAGAAAUUUGGGAAUGACUCUAUCAAUAAUUGUACAAUUCUAAUUAUAAUAUGAAGGAUUAUUGUUGAAUAAUCGUUAGAUACUAAUGCGCAAAGCGUAUACCUAAGUUUUUUCUUUCGAUUUCUUUCUUAGUCGUAUAGCAACCAAACACGUGGGAUUUCUCGGAGUCGAUGAAUUUUACAGCGCGAUAUCGCUCGUACUAUAAUACACCGUAGCUCGAUAAUUUCAAGUGGUUUACUCCAAAACUAGUUAGUCUUUGUAUACAUUUUGAACUCGCAUAAGCCACUUAACUUCUAGUCUUUAAUAACUCUGAAAACCGCACACAUAAACGUCGUCACAUACAUACACGCGAUUCUUUAAAUUUAAUCUUUUUCGCCAAAUUCUUACAGCGAUCGUCAACCGAACGUACGUGCUAUGCAUACUUUUUGAAUACCUAUAGCAAACGAAUCCUUGAACAUUUUGGUUUUCGUUAUAAUAUUAUGCAGACGUACUAAAAUACUUCAUCCCUGAAUAAAAGGAGCGAACGGAUCUUGUGGUCUGAGCAGUGCUGCUGUUGCGAUUUUUAUUUUGUAUUGUUUUUCUUUAUUGAUGUGUGCACGAUCGCGGCUCGUUGUAUAGACAGAGGCCGAGGAAUGAAUGUUGGAAAGAAUGCCACGUGUUUGUUGAAACAAAUGUAUAACUUACGAUAAUUUAUUAUUAUGAUUAAUAUUAGAGGAAGAUACUGUUGGUUCAAAAUUUUUAUUUCUUGAAAAGUUUGGUAUCGUGUAUAUGUAUUAAUCUGUGAUAUGGUUAUAAAGUUGCAGUCCGUCUAAAGGAUGCGUAACGAUGUUGUUACACUUUUUAAAUCUUAGAUAAAUUGUAUUUGUCUCUUGUAAUGAUAAAAUGGAAAAAAAAAAUACGUUCGAAUGGCAUUCUCGUCCGCGUUCCUCCAAAUGGUCAAAGCUUUUCCGUUCAACGAGAGCAAAAAGUUCUAAUUUCGAAUCUUUAAAUAUCCGCUAUUCUAACACUUUAUAAUUGUACAAUAUGCUAAUAACUGACCAGCUGGUUGUCAUGGUUGUAAAGACGAUUUUUCGACUUCUCUUAUAUACUAAGCAGAAAAGAAGUAGCUUAUUUCGAUUCUCUAAGGCAGUAAAAGCUGGAUUUAAAGAUUUUCUUUCAAAGAUUUUCUUCCGUUCGCCAUGACUGAAGGUCUGUUCUUCCACGUAGCUUAUUCUAAACUAACAGACUAGAACUAUACGUUUUAAUGGCUAGACUUAUUAAAUUCAACAAUUAACUUGGCAGGGAUGAUAGGCGUUUGAUACUUAAAUGAAGAAAUAUUUAUAUACUGAACAUCGUUUUAACUAAAAAUGUUUCACUAGAUGGUUAAUUUGAAAUCGUGGGUUUUCACUAGAUUUUAGUCUGCCUCUUGGAUUAAUAUCUAGUGUAAAAACCAUUAUAAAAAAAUACGUAACGUUUAAUGAAAAAAAUAUAAUUAGCAUAUUGGCAUAUUAGCAUAUUGAUUUUUUAACAGAAUCUAACAACUUUCGUCCCUGCUAAAGCUGCAACAUAGUAUGUUUAAAUAGAAUAAACUAAAGCCACGUUGUAUGGUUUAGUCUUCUAAGUAAUUGUAAAAAGCAAUAUACCAGUAACUCCUGAUAACGAAUGAAAAUACUCUCGGUCAGUCGGCUCUACAGCAAACAAGACCAACGUACUAAAUAUGCGUUUUUCAACAUAUUUUGAUGAUAUGAUGAAAAAGGCUAUGGAAUCGUUAUGUCAGAAUGCCGUGCAUUUUUUUGCACUAUAAAGAAAAGAUUGGAAAAGCAAACAAAAAUUGUUAACCGGCUGACUAGUGAGCGAAAUAUAUAUAUACACACACAUAUAGAUUAUUAUAUCGCGUUGAUGAAUGAGCCUCCGACAUCUGAACGUAUAUAAUAUUUUUAAGUCUAAAUUAUGAAUGGGCUAUAAAGAGACUUGAAACUCUCUUAUAUAAUAUUGUAUAAGCACAGCAUCACACACGUAUCGCUGGAUAUGGAAUAGCAAUGGCGUUGGACAUUGUUCGUAUGCUUCAAGUCGUUUUACCUUCGUUCGAGCGAUGGAUUUUGCUUUUGCAGGCACUUUGGUGUGCUAUAAUAGUAUAUUAAUAAUAACGAGUAAUAGAAAACUUAGCAACACUUAUCCAAAGUUCUAAAAAUGAGAUCAUAUAUCAAAUACAAUAAUGAACAUGUCAAUUUGAAAUAUAUCAAUUUAUUAUACUAAGGUAGAAAUCGCUAAAUAAUAAAAAUAUAUAUUUUUAUUACACAGCUCAUUUUCAGAACGAGCACAUAUAAAAUGAUUAAUCAAAUAUAACUCUAAAACGCGAACUUAAAUGCAAAAGCUGAGACUUUAUUUAUGAUAAAAAAAAACAUUGCUCGAAUGAAAGAAAAGCGCUUAACUACAAUGCUAGUGGCAUAAGUCGUACUUUACGGCACGGCGUGUUUAAUGCCGUGCCAUGAAGAGUGACUUAUGACACGUGUAUCGUAGAUUAUUUUAUAGCACUGACUAGCAGAAAUCCGCUGUUACGUAUGUCAGUGGCAUUAGCAGUCCAUUUUUGCACCGUGCGGUUGGCGAUAUGCACGGUGCAAUAAAUGACUACUUAUGCCACGGAUAGGCGUGACACAAAUGCAGGUUUAUGCCACGCAGUGCUAUAAAAAAAAAACAAGUUAACGCUGAAGAUCGAAAAGUUUUGACAAAAAUAGCCUGCACGGACAAUCAAAAAGCAACUUACAAAAGGUCUUUUAGGCGUAUUGUCGCGAGGCUUUUUUUGUAAAUCCAAGUAAAUAGUAGAUGUAUAUGGACGUAGAAAAAAAGGCUCACGACACAUAUUCGAUUACAGUAUAAACAUAAUAGUGUGUAAUAGGCAGCUUUUAGUGGAAUUUUUGAGUUCAAAAUUGUCAAAACUAUUAUACGUACACCGCGAGAAAAAGAAACCAUCCAGCCGCUUCCGCUACAUUUUUUUCGAUUUGUGCCAAAAAUCUGUCUCUGCAUAGUUUUAAGUCGACGAUAAAAAACACAAAUAAAGGAGUAAAAUUCAAAAUUUCCUUUUUUUCUGGUUUCAAGCAUUUCCCUGGAAAAAUGAAUUAUGUACUAACGAGUGUGUUAUUAGAUUAUUUCUUAGUUUGAUUAAAUGAGAAAAAAAAAUGUUUAAAAAUGAAUCUUGUACAUAUGACUAAAGCACGAAGUGUAUAUAAUUGUUUUCCGCGGAUCGCAUUUUUAUUAAACUUUGCUUCAACAUGAUGAUCCGUUCGUCCCUUAAGAAAAAAUUGUUAUAUUUGUAUUGUAUAUCUACGGCAUUCGUUUUAUGCGAUCUUUUUCUUCUUUUUUAGUUAGAUAUAAUAAGGGAAUAAAGCUGUAAUGUUGUUGAUGAUUGUUGACGAUAUGAAAGGGUGAGUUGAGAGAAAGAGAGAUAGAGCGCGCACGAAAAGAGACCGGCUCCUGGAGCAGGAAUUUUUGUGCGCGAAAAACAUAGAUACUGAAUUAUUAUCGUCAUAACGAUUACAUGAUUAUUAAUAUUAUUAUUAUUAUUAUUAUUAUUAUUAUUAUUAUUAUUAUUAUUAUUAUUAUUAUUAUCAUCAUCAUCAUUAUGAUUACUAUUAUUUUAUUGAUUUUAUUAUAAUACUAUAUUAUUAUAUACUAUACAAUAUUAUACAUAUUCAUAUUAUUGAUUUUGAAGAAAAGAUAAAUCAGUGUAAAAUGUUUGUUAAGUUUGUGGCCUUGCUUAUAUAUAAUUUAAGUAUAACAUUUUAGGCUGUAACCACGACAGAACUUUACCUAAUGAAAACUGUAAAAUUUA